GGAUCGUUAAACAGUUUAGUUCCGUCAGUCGCGAUCGAGAUCUCAGUAGUGCCAACCGAAAUCAAGAUGAAAUACUUUGCCGUUUUCGCACUGAUCUGCUGCCUUUUGGGAACCGCCUUGGCGGCGCUCAAAAAUCCAAUCUGUGGCGAGGAGUUCGGUAAAAUCGGAGACUGCAGGUCGCUGCAGGACAAGUGGACUUAUCGCCGGGACACGAACGAGUGCAUCAAGUUCAACUACUCUGGCUGCCAUGGAAACAACAACCUAUUCGAGAACAAGGGGCAGUGCGAAAAGACCUGCAAAAAUUAAGUCCUAAUUAAAUUAAUAACCCACCCAUAAAUAAAGUUAAAACUCUGUUUUUGUUA